CAGCAGACGUGAUGUUUGGAGAGCACGGCUCGUGUGUGGACUCGAACGUGCAUGCAGGAAAUAAAGCGCGCGCCUGCGUUUAAUGGUUCAUUGUGCGUAACAGGGAAGUGAGUUCGCCUCACCUACUUUCUGUUUGAAACUUAUCUGCGGCCCGUCAGAACCGCUCCAAGUUUUUAAUUUCUAAACCUUUUCCCUCUGCCUCAAAAAACGAUUUUUUUUUUAACUUUGCUGUGAGAAGGAGCGACUCGAAGCAGGAACCGUUCAGGAGGAUGUUCGGACUGUUCGAGAGCUCAUGAACCACGGGAGAAGGAAGCGGACCUGAAGUGUUUUUCUCUGGCAUGAAACCGUCAUUUCUCUGAAGACCUGCUUGACUAUGGCUUGUUGGGUACCCAUAGAAAAGAUCCUGGAGCAUGUUUCGAUUCAGACACAGAACCUGUAUCCCAUGCACACCUUCCCUAUUGAAGUCAGAUAUUACCUCCGUGAUUGGAUUCAGGUCCAGAGAUGGGAUGAGUUUUCUCCAGACAAAGUGGAGCUGGAGGGCCAGGCUCGGGCUCUGUUGAACCAUGUCAUCAACAGCUUGCAGGAACUUUCUCAGCGAACCGACAACGUAAUGGAGAAGAUGAAACUGAUGCAGAUAAGCAGAAAUAUGACCAAUAUCCAGCCGCUACAGUUUGCCGUGUUGGUCAGAGACAUUCUCAUGCAGGAGAAGGCUCUGAUGGAAGGGUUUCAGGAGAACAGCUGUCCGCAGUACCAAGCGUUCCCUCAGAGUGACCCUAACAGUGACCCUAACAGUGAGGAUGUGGAGAAGCUGAAGGAGAAGGUGAGGGAGCUCCAGGAGAUCAGAAAAAAGAUGCACGACAUGCAAAAAGAUCUCAACUGGGAGAAGCACAUCUACGAAAAUUUACAAGGGCCAUCCCAACAAAAUGGUACGGAAUAUAACAAGGCAGAAAUACAGCAAUUCCUUAACAACAUCCAGAAACUGGAGCAUAACAUCUGCGAAGAGUCGACGAAGAGUUGCCAGCUGCUGAAGAACUGUGUGGACCAUCUGGAGCACUCCCAAACUCAGUUCAUCAGCAGGCUGAAGGCGUGGAAGUGGGAGCAGCACAAAGCUGCCAUCGGACAUCCAUUUGAUGAAAACCUCACCCCUCUGCAGACUUGGUGUGAGCACCUGCUUGGGGUGAACUGGGACCUGAGACAGGAGUUAAUGCUGAUUGGGGAACACAUCAUCCCAGACCUUCAGGAAAGGCUGGGGAAACUUGUGCAGGUUCUGAUUGAAAGCUCUAUUGUAGUAGAAAAACAGCCCCCUCAGGUCAUUAAAACUCAGUCAAAGUUCUCCACAACUGUGAGAUAUCUGCUGGGGGAGAAAUUAGCACCAGGGACGCCUAUGGUGGUGAAGGCGCAAAUUAUUAAUGAACAGCAAGCCAGAAACUUGGGUAGUUUAACCAGUGAAAACGUCGGAGAAGUGAUCAACAACUCAGCUGUUCUCGAGCACAACACAACUACCAGGAGCACGUGCGCCACAUUCAGAAACAUGUCCAUUAAGAGAAUCAAGCGAGCAGACAGAAAGGGAUCAGAGUCUGUGACUGAGGAGAAGUUUGCUCUGCUGUUCUCCACAGACAUCAACAUCACAGGCUGUAAAAUUCCUUUCAGGAUACAGUUGAUCUCUCAGCCAGUGGUGGUCAUCGUUCACGGCAGUCAAGACAACAACGCUUUGGCCACCAUUAUAUGGGACUGUGCAUUUGCCGAACCAGACCGAAGGCCCUUCAUUGUGCCGGACAGUGUCCCCUGGAGGUUGAUGUCCAACACUCUCAACAUGAAGUUUACUUCAGAGGUCCAGACGCAGCACCAACUGCACGACUACAACAAACACUUUUUGGCCGGGAAAAUAUUUGAUAAGUCUGACAGUCCCGAAGGCUUUGACAACAUGAUGGUUUCAUGGGCCCAGUUUAAUAAGGAGGUUCUCCCAGGUCGACUAUUCACUUUCUGGCAAUGGUUUGAGGGAGCAAUGGAGCUGACCAAGAAACAUCUGAGGACUUACUGGAGUGAAGGGCUGAUAUUCGGUUUCAUCGGAAAGCAGCAUCUGCACUUCAUCCUCAGAGACAGCCCCAAUGGGACAUUCCUGCUUCGCUUUAGUGACUCUGAGAUCGGUGGCAUCACUAUUGCUUAUGUGUGUGCUUCUGAAAAUGGGGGACGGCAAGUCCAGAACAUCCAGCCUUUUACUAAGAGAGACCUGGAGAUACGCAGCCUCGGUGACCGCAUCCGAGACAUCAAUGAAAUAACAUUUCUGUACCCCAACUAUCCUAAACAUGACGUUUUCAAAAGACACUACUCAGGGCCUCAGCAGCCAGCUUUUCCAGGCUACAUCCCCGUGACUCUCCAGACUAAAGUUGGCAUGGAAUCUACACUUCCAGCCGCUAAUAUGACACAGCCUAACACUCUUCCCACUGGCUUAAUUGGGGAUGCUAUUUCCCCGACUCAUAUGCCAAACAUGGAUGGCAUCCCCAUGGACUCCACACUUCCACCAGACAAUGCACCAUCAAGCUUUCUAAAUGGGGGCAUUUCCUCGACUGAUCUGCAAGUCCUGAAUUUGUGCAGUGAUGGAAUUUCCCCACAACCCAUGCAUCAGUUCCCGCAACCGUUUGAUUCGCUGGAUAUUGUCAGCGAUACAAAACAUCCUGGUAAUUCUUCUGUUUUUCCUUUGCUCAAUCAUUCAGACACCAACAUGGGCUAUGAAUUUUGAGGACCUGAAUUGUUAGAAAAAUCUUCAGCAUGCUGUUUUUUUUUUUUUUUUUUUU